CUUUCAUCUUCACUUCUUCUUCUUCUUCUUCUUCUUCUUCUUCUUCUUCUUCUUCUUCUUCUUCUUCUUCUUCUUCUUCUUCUUCUUCUUCUUCUUCUUCUUCUUCUUCUUCUCUCUGUGUUUCUCCUCAGAGGAAACAUUUUGACGGAGGAACAAAGAGAGUUUCUUCUAAUGGAUGGGAGGUUCAUUUAUAGCACUCUGAUUCUGUUCCUAUUCAUUCACUGUUUUAGCCCAGGUUCAUCAAGGGCAGAUUCUCCACAAAAACAGGGGAAGCAAUUCAGAGCAGCAUCAAGAAAAUCUUCAACAAGUCAAAAGGACAUCACGACCCCAAUAACAACAGUCCCAACAAUCAACAUCCCAACCAUCCCCAUCAUAAACCCUACCAGUUCCAACCCCGAUACCGUCUCCCCAGCCAUGACGACCCCAAGCUUUACACCGGCAACCACCAUCACCGGUGGCUCCAGCUGGUGCAUUGCGAGUCAGAGUGCGUCGCAGGCGGCGCUGCAAUUAGCUUUGGACUAUGCGUGCGGCAUGGGAGGCGCCGAUUGCUCGUCGAUUCAAGCCGGUGGAAAUUGCUACAAUCCUAAUUCGGUUCGAGACCAUGCUUCUUACGCGUUCAAUAACUAUUACCAGAAGAAUCCGCUUCCGAAUAGCUGUAAUUUUGGAGGCACUGCCGUGAUUACUAGCACCAAUCCCAGCAGUGGCACGUGCGAGUACCCAUCAACAAGCACAAGUUCAUCUAUUUUGAACACUACAAAUUCAAGUGGCUCCACUGUGUUCGGUGCCGUUCCUUCCGGCCCUUCCACCUCCUCCUCCUCCUCUUCAUCAGCACUCAAUUUUCCUUCUACCCAAUUCUUUUCCUUAUUUACAAAUUUUCUUCUUUUUAUUGCUUUCUAGAAAUUUCUCCCUAAUUUCUCUCCACCAUUUUGUAAAUUGGGUUUCUUUUUCUUUUACACCACCAAGAUUAACUUCACACAUUAUAGUCUAAUCCCAUACCACAAACACACAAACACCUUUUCUUUUCUCUUCUUUUCUUUUCUUUUCUUUUCUUUAUCUACCUAAUAGAUUUAAGUAAUUAAUGUUUUUCUUUCCAAACUUUGGACAUAUGGAAUUAUAUGGUUAUUAAAAUGGGUUUUCUUUGA